GGCAGUUUUAUGUACACAAGAGCCUGGUACUACCGUAAUGUUUGCUAAAUCUAUUAAAAAAUACAUUUGAUUAUUGUCUUCAUAACUCCACGAUUAUUAUAUAUGAAAAUGAAUUUAACAAACAAAAAACCGUUAACUUUAAAAUUAACGUCAAUUUAAUAACCAAAUAAGAAGUAAUGGUGUAGUUGAUAAAGUUAAAACAUGGGCACCCAUUUACUGUUGUUUUUACUUGGUCUCAAACUUACGAUAGUUUUUUCUGCUGAAGUAACCGACUCCGUUUUAUGUAAUGCGACAAGUUCUGAAGGUGUAGAAUAUGAAUUUAGUACUGAUGUUGUCGGAAGUGAACAUAUAAUUACAUUUAGGGGGUAUUUUCUUCGAAGAGCAAGAGAAAAUUAUGUCACUGCUGCAUUGAACAACGCCGGUGUAUCAAAUUGGACAAUAGUUCAACGGGAAAAUCCAGCAAAGGAUUAUCCGAGUGACUUUGAUGUGAUUGUAUUGAAUGAUGGUGGUCGAGCAGCUCUUGAUGCGUUACAAGACCAUCCCGCUAUCCGUCGAGUUACAGCUCAGAGGAUAGUUCAACGCACCAUCAAAUAUGUACCGGAGGAUUCAAAUUGUGGUCCCAAUGGCUGCUUAUACACAGGAUGGCGAAAUCAUCGUCGGCGAGCACUUAACUCUAUUAGGAAACCGAGAGAGAAUGAAGGUUAUUCAUCGAGAAAACUACUAAGAACAGUACCGAGGCAAAUAACUUCGGUGUUAAAAGCAGAUUUACUAUGGUCUUUGGGUGUAACAGGUGAAGGUAUACGGGUGGCAGUAUUUGAUACUGGCUUAGCACGUCAUCAUCCGCACUUUGGUCGUGUAAGGGAACGCACAGAUUGGACUGGAGAGAACACAUUGGAUGAUGCAUUAGGUCAUGGGACAUUUGUAGCAGGAGUGAUAGCUUCUCGAGCUGAUUGUCUUGGAUUCGCUCCUGAUGCAGAUUUACAUAUAUUCAGAGUGUUUACUGAUAAUCAGGUUUCAUACACAUCGUGGUUUCUAGACGCUUUCAAUUAUGCGAUUAUGAGAAAAAUUGAUGUACUUAAUUUGAGUAUCGGAGGACCAGAUUUUAUGGAUCAUCCAUUUGUUGAUAAAGUGUGGGAGCUAAGUGCUAAUAAGGUAAUAAUGGUGUCCGCUAUAGGCAAUGAUGGGCCACUGUACGGUACACUAAAUAACCCAGCGGAUCAGAUGGAUGUUAUCGGAGUUGGAGGAAUUGGCUUCGAUGAUCGUAUCGCCAAAUUCUCAUCAAGGGGAAUGACAACUUGGGAACUGCCUAAUGGUUACGGUCGCAUGAAACCAGAUAUAGUGACAUACGGCAGCGGCGUUCGCGGCUCUAGCGUCACUGGCGGUUGUAAAUCUCUCAGUGGUACGUCAGUUGCAUCUCCCGUGGUUGCGGGUGCGAUUGCGUUGCUCGCUAGUGGCGUUCCGCGUCAACAUUUGACGCCAGCUGCCGUCAAACAGGCGUUAUGCGUCACCGCACGCCGCCUCCCCGGGUACAAUAUGUUUGAACAAGGACACGGGAAACUUGACCUCAUUAGUGCUUACCAGUUCCUACGUGAGUAUACGCCACAGGCGAGUCUAAGUCCGCCUUACAUGGAUCUAACGGAGUGCACUUACAUGUGGCCGUACUGCACACAGCCGCUGUACUAUAGCGCGCAACCGACUAUCGCUAAUGUUACCGUUGUUAAUGGGCUAGGAGUUGCCGGAGAUGUGAAAGAGGUGACAUGGCACCCCCAUUUACCCAAUGGGGGGUUGCUAUCGGUAUCAGCCGAUUAUAGCCCCAUACUCUGGCCGUGGUCUGGUUGGCUUGCUCUCAGCUUCUCUGUACUACAAGAGGGUGCUGACUUUGACGGGGUUGUUGAGGGCCACGUAAAUAUAACUAUAGAAAGUCAUGAUGAAACUAAAGAACGAACGAUGAUAAAUACAACCCUUAUGUUGCCAAUCAGAGCACGUAUAAUACCAGUGCCGGUAAGAUCCCGUCGUCUCCUAUGGGAUCAGUUCCACAGUCUGCGGUACCCUGGCGGAUAUUUCCCGCGGGACGACUUGCGAGCUAAACACGACCCGCUGGACUGGCAUGCGGACCACGUGCAUACAAAUUUCAGAGAUAUGUACCGAAGACUGCGAGAACAUGGAUUCUAUCUAGAAGUCAUGGGAACUCCGUUGACUUGUGUGGACACAUCAUUGUACGGUGCAUUGCUGUUAGUUGAUCCCGAAGAUGAAUAUUUUCCCGAAGAAAUGGCUGCACUAAAGAAAGCAGUGGAUUCGGGUUUAUCGCUGCUAGUCUUCGCUGACUGGUACAAUGCCUCUUUGCUUCGUCACGUUAAAUUCUACGACGAGAAUACGCGGCAAUGGUGGAUUCCCGAAACGGGAGGUGCCAAUGUUCCCGCGUUGAAUGAUCUCUUAAGCAUGUACCAAAUAGCACUAGGCGACCGUGUAUUUGAAGGUGCUUUUAAACUAGGCGGCCACCCAAUGUACUAUGCGAGUGGAACACAUAUACAUAGUUUUCCAAAACAUGGUGUAUUAAUUACUGCACAAUUAUCAGAUCAAGGACAACAAAUAAUGUCCGGUGAGAAGGGCGGGGGUGCGGGCGCGCCGGGCACCGACCACACAGUUGAUGUACCGAUAUUAGGCCUCCUGCAAACUGACAGUGGCAACAGGGAAUUCACAAAUGACACCGUGGAUAAACUGCCUAAAGCGGGUCGUGUGGUGGUAUAUGGUGACUCGUCGUGUCUUGAAGGCGGGUCGUCGCGGCCCUGUCAUUGGCUACUGCUUGCUGCGCUGCAGUACGCGUUGGGCGGACACUUGCCCGCCUCCCUGAGGGAUGCCGCGGCCGCGAGGAGACGUGACGUACAUCUUAUACCAUCCGAACUGCCUCAACGGGCGGAGGGUGGGCGACUACAUAUGUAUUCUCGUGUACUAUCGUCUGAUGGUAGCGGGCCUCGUGCGGUGCCUUCGUGCGCCCCGCCCGCGCCCCUCCCUCCACACCCCGUGGCCGCGCCCCCCGCAGCACGCACCCUAGCACCUAAACACGCACCCACCGACCCACGGAGCAUAGGUGCUCCAGAAGUAGAGGGUACGGAGCCCGCUCCUAGAGCUUGGAGGGGCGCCGGCGCAGCGCCGUCCCGUUCACACCCUGAAGUUGUAUACGAGCCUCCAAGUUUAGCUAAUAGAGCCCUAACUCUAUUCGCUAUCGUGGCUGUAAUAUACUGUGUGACCACAUUUUGGAAACGAUGGGGACGCAAGUUGAGACGACGGAGACUUAUAUCGCUAGCCACCUAGCACAGACUAAAACAACACCCAAAUAGAUCGAAUGGUAGAUGAUAUUUACUAUUGUCAAAAGAAUUAUAACUUUUAGUGACAUCUGUGGACGAAAAACUGAACUAAUGAGUGUUGCAGUGUUAAAAAAGUGUUUAUGAACAAUUGAAACUAAUUUUAAACCGUAUUGUAUUAUAAUUUAUAUAAAAAACACAAGUGACUUCUUAGUCUUAAUGUAGUAUGAAAUUUUUGUAUUUUUCUAAGGUGGUCAUUAUUUAUUUUUUAUGCCCUAGUUAAAUUGUUGAAGGGAAUUGUAAAAACAUAUUAAAUUAUUUCUUUUUAUGGCUAUCUUAUUUUUAUAACUGUUAAUGUUACGUAAUUUCAUUGUAAACCUUUAAAUUUUUAAUGACAAGACUAAUCAAAUACUUAAUUGGUAUAAGAAUGGCGACUGAAAUACAAAAAUAAAUGUAGGAAUAUAAAAUUGUAUAUAAAUAUGUCAAUUAGUAUUAUACGUGUUUAUGUAUUUUUAUGUAUUUGCAAUAAGACAAAUAGAUGUUACAUAGACAAAAUAAAUAUUAUUUCAAAUGUCAUAAGGUAAACACAGAUAUCACAAGUAUGAAAAUCAAAAUCACAAUUUAAAUGUAUAGUAUAUUUAAUUUAUUGUAUUUAAUUAAUAAGAACUGCAU